AUGGGAGCCAAAAAGAAGAAGCAUGCCGGAAAGGGAAAGAAAAAGGAAGACGAAGAAGAUCUGUCUGUUGAGAACUUCUUCAAAGCCUAUAAGAAGAAGGUUGCCGAAUUACAAUGCGAAUCAUCUAAAACGCUUAAGGAAAAAUAUGAGGAGUUUUAAGAAGAAGGAGAUCCAAUAACGAAAUUUCAUUUUUGGGAAGAGCUCGGCUGGGCAGGCAUCAAAGCUAUUAUGGACUCGCUUAGAUAAGUCAAGUAAGUCUCAGACAAUAAAAAAUACUAUUUAGCUAUCCGCAUUGCAGAAGUGUUAGACUUUGGAAAACGUUUUGUGAAGAUGAGGGAGUAAGGUUGCGAGUUCAUAGCUAGAACAAUACAUCCAAAAUCAAACACUGCAAUUAGUGUUCUAAAAUUAGACCACAAUGAGAUUGGAUCAAUGGGUAUUUCAAAUUUAGCUCAUGGAUUGUCAAUUAACAAGACUCUGGUUUCGUUAUCGCUAACUUACUGUAAUAUUGAUUAUAUGGGUGGCAGAGCACUUUUCGAGAUACUAAUUUACUCUUAGUCUAAACUUGAGGAAUUGAACCUUAGUGGUAAUCAUCUAAGAAAUGAAGGAGUCAUUGUGGUCCUUAGAGGUGUAUCGAUAGCAAAGUCACUAAAGAAAAUAUAUCUUGCUGACAACUAGAUAAAUGAUCAUCCAUCAGUAAUGGACGCUCUGAAAUCAUGCAUGGUGAAAAAUAAACGACUUGGACGAUAUGACUUACAGUACAAUAACUUUGGUGAUGAUGCUAUUGCUUAAUUGACUGAACUUUUGGCCGAGCAAGCAAAUCAUGUGUAUGAAGUAGAUAUUAGUGAAAGAAUUUAAAAAGCUACUCUUGAAGAAUUCAGAGAAAGAUUAAAAUCUAAUAAGCCAAAGAAAGGCAAGAAAAAGAAGGGCAAAAAGAAGAAGAAGAACUGGAUUAGUAAUCUUUUCCAGAGCCCUAGUGACUGGUUCAGAUACCAAUAGUAUAUCUAUAUGGCAAAUUAAUAUUUUGAAAUGAAUGAGUAUAUUUCAUUGAGAGAAGGGUUUGGUUGGAAAUUUCAGGUUGUCAGAGAUGUAACUACUCCACAUUAUUUAUUAGGAUAGGGAUAGUACAUUCUUAUCAUCAUUUUAUCCACCAAACCAGCUUCUUUCAGAACUUGCUUCAUACCUUUAUGUAUUAAUAAUUUAAUAAAGAAUUAAAAUGUUCUCAAAGAAUCUACUGCUGAAUCAAUUCAGACAAAGAUCUGUCCUCUAUCAAAAUCUUCAUUAAAGACUCUUUUCAGUACUUCAUUCACUUAUUUAGUUAAUACUUCAUUAUAGACAAGACCAUUCAACAUCUUAGGAGUUUAGCAAGUAGCUCUUGGAAGCUUGAAUAAAGGAGAACUUAGUAAGUUUUGGGGAGAUAUUCUUGGAUUAAAGAAGACUAACUCAUUCAAGUCGGAGAAGGAAAAUGUUGAUGAAGAUGUUAUGGAGAUUGGAAGAGGUGUCCUAGGCAAAGUUGAAAUAGAUUUGAUGACUCCACUUGACCCAGAGAAGUCUCCCAAGGUUCAUAUCCCACCCCUUAACCAUAUUGGUCUCUGGGUGGAUGAUCUUCCUAAAUGUGUAGAAUAUCUUGAGAAAAAUGGAUCUAGAAUCGUUGGAGGAAUUCGCAAGGGUGCAUCUGGAUUUGAUGUUACUUUCGUUCAUCCCAAGAGCGCAUGUGGUGUAUUAUUAGAGUUAGUUUAGGCCCCUAAGGAGGUUAUCGAUGCUUGGGAAAAGGAAAAGCAGUGA